CUCUGACUUCCUGUCCACUGGUUCCGUCGAGCCUAAAGUGCUUCGCUCUGUGGGGUCGACUGCACGCUGCCCGUGGAGGCCUGUCAUCGCUUUGUUCAACAUCGUGUCCCUCUCCAGCGUGCACGAACAAGUGAAGUCGAGUGUUUUAUGGCCCUUGCACCUGUUAUCGCCUCAUUAUUACUACAGCUGGUCGUGUGAUUCGCAGGCCCUAAAAGUCUUCGAUCUAUUCUUAGCGCGUAUCGCAAACAACACAUCCUGUGCGAAUCGUGGAGCAGGGAACGGCUAUCUUGGGCGUACCGCUGGCCUGGCGACCCAGUAUUUCCGAGUCCUAGCCGACUGGCCGGGCCUCGGCAGGGAGGAUGAGAGACAUCGGGUAGAGCGUCCAUCCACGUUUUUGAGGCGAGAGUGUCUGCGAGGAGCCGAUGUCAUGCUGCGAAAAGCAAUCGCUUCGGUCCCUGGUCCCAGAAACUCGUCGACAAGCCAGGCAAGAGCGGGUUCAGCGCUGCUGUGUCCAGCCCAGUUGUGCUUGCGUCAAAUCUUAUUUUUCUUUGCAUCAGCGCUGAUACAUAUCCAUCACCGGUUAUGCAGAGUCUGCUGCCUCCAGCUCGGUGUUACUUGCUGCGCAGAUCUGAGCCAGGUGGGGGCGGAGAAGCGCAUCUCUUUUUAAGCCUCGAUGUCUAUCGCUGAUGAGGCAGAGUCUGGAUCCCUUGCUCUCUUUCUGGGGCGUGCCAUCAUGUAACCGAGCGGUCGUUAGCUGACUACCCCCCCUUCCUCCGCAGUUCCUGGGACGCAAAUACUCCCCGGUGGGCAUGUGAGCGUGUCCGAAUCAGGAAGACGAACAAACAAGGUUCGUCCAGUCGCAACUGUAGGCCUGCCUCGGGGGUUGUUGGCCGGCAGCGCAGGGGACGCUGAUCUGGUGUGUGACCUGGGUUUUUGGAUCUGACGACCGAGCGGACCGCGAUACUCGCUGGGAGCGGACCGCCUGGUUUCCCCACUGAUCUACCCCGCACGGUUCGGUUUUGUAUAAAGAGCUUCGGCCCAAGGCACUGAACUCCAGCGACUCACAGUCCUUCCAGCGCCUCGAUGUUCUCUGUCCCUGCCUUCCUUCAACUCGCAGCCCUCGUGUCCGUAGCGAUCGCUGCCCCCAGCAACGUCACUAGAACCGAGACUGCGAAGCGCGCGACUUGCACAGUCAACAGCGUCUCGAGCGCGUCGAGCCUCGGGAGCUGCACUGAUGUCAUCAUCGAGGGCUUCACCGUCCCCUCAGGCGAGACUCUCACUAUCGCGGCUGCCAGCGGCGCCACCGUCACUAUGGCUGGCGAUCUCGUUUUCGCGAAGACGACGUCGGCGGGUCCUUUGAUUACGUUCAACACUAACAACAUCAACUUCAACGGUGGAGACCACAACAUCAAUGGAAACGGCGCGUUGUACUGGGACGGCCAGGGCACCAACGGAGGUGUGACCAAGCCCCACCCCUUUGUCAAAUUCAAGGGCUCGGGAACCUUCUCGUUCGUGACUGUUCUCAACUCUCCGGCCCAGGCCAUCUCUGUCGGGACCACCGCAGCGAGUGUCAUCGAACGCGUGACCGUUGACAACUCCGCGGGAGCGUCACUCGGCCACAACACGGACGGCUUCGACGUGAGCGCGUCCGACCUGACCAUUGCGCAGUGCACGGUCAUCAACCAGGACGACUGCGUCGCGGUCAACUCCGGAAACAACAUCCUCGUCGAGGACACGACGUGCACCGGCAGCCACGGCAUCUCCAUCGGCUCGAUCGCGUCGGGCAAGUCCGUCACGAACUUCAAGGCCGCGCGCAACACGAUCACCGGCGGCCUCUACGGCCUGCGCAUCAAGGUCGACGCCACCGCGACUGGCGCAUCGGUCUCUGGCGUGACCUACGAGGCGAACGUCGUCUCGGGCAUCACCGACUAUGGCGUCCUGAUCACCCAGAGCUACCCCGCCAACGACGGCACCCCCGGCACCGGCGGCCCGAUCUCGAACGUCGCGUUCAACGGCGGCACGACGACCGUCGCAGUCGACAGUAGCGCGAUGUCCGUCGUCAUCGACUGCGGCGCGUGCUCCGGCAACUGGGACUUCUCCGGCCUCGAUGUGACGGCCGCCGGCAAGGGCCACAGCAUUGUUGCGAACAAUGCCAAGAUCACCGGUGGAACUUACUGAAGAAGACAACAAGGCUCUGAGCGCCGUUUUAUCCGACACGCCCAACCAAACUAAUAUUUAUCUCGCAUUGUAUGUACAUACUUCAACUGAACUGAAUCACACCUAGUCUCCUCCUCAUCCUC